AUGGAGGCAAUGGCGACAAUCAUGGUGAUGACCCCGACCGGCUUGGUGGGACGGUCGGAGCGGCCGGCGUCAUCGUCGUCGACAGUGUCGCAGACAGAGCGGCGGCCCGACGCAAAGCUCGCAGCGCGGUUGGCCGAGCUGGGAGAUGUGGCGGAUCAUCCGCCAUCGCUGGCGGCGCUGGAUACUCCACAUGGCUAUGCAGUUCUGCGCGAGCGACUGCGGUUGACUAUCAGGGGCUACGGCGCGAGCUCGGAUCAUGCUACCCGUGCUGCUCAUCAUCUCAUCGAGUACACCACAGCAGCGGCGGCGGCGUUGCUGCUUGAUGCGGCAGCGAGUCCUGCUAACGAUGCCAAGGGCCUGCUGCCGAGCUUGGCCGACGCGCGCAAGUUUGGCUCGGCAUCAGUCAUGGUUCCGCCGUCGGCCGGUGCGGUGGAACGGACAGCGUCGGUGCUACUGGCUGCGGCCGAAGCAGCGCUGGCCAAGUUUGGCGAGGCGCGGCUGGAAGCUGCGUGGCUCAACAACGCUGCGCUCCUGCAGCGGCGGAUCAAGCGGCCACGGACGGCGUUGCGGCUGCUUGCAGCCGCGCUGCGGCUCGAGUCUGAGGCCGGCGACGAGCUUGCGGUGGCGCAAACGCUGCUCAACAUGAGCGCGUGCCACUCCAAGCUCGACGCACACGAAGAUGCGCUGCAGGCAGGGAUAGAGGCCAAGUCGUUGCUUGCACCAUACAUUCGCGAGUUUUUCUCGCGGUUUACGGCUGUGGCCUCGGGCGAAGAGGCGGAGUCGCACAUUGUGCAGGUGCCCGGCGACGCCGCCAUGCUCCGCACCAUCCUUGGCGUUUUUAACAACAUUGCAGUCGAGCACGACCAUCUCCGCCACCACGCCGACGCCGCCAAAGCGUACUCAAUUGGUGCCGAGAUUGCAGCGCGAACGCCCGGUGUGGAGUCGGUUGCUCAGCGCUUGCGCUCGCUCGCUGCCCGCUCGCAGGCUGCGGCCGCCGAGGUCGAGCGACGGGUCGGCCGCAAGCUGCAGACCCGGCGCGCCGGUUUGCCUGCCGAGGCGCGUCGGCGCGAGCGCCGCAAGCACCGGACAAAGACCCAAGCCGGGCCCAAGGGCGACCGGUUGCAGAUGGCGUACGGCGCAUCGGCGGCCGAUCGCGCCGCGGCCGCCCGCCGCCUUCAGCGCGCCCGCGACGCCGCCACUGUGGCCGAAGCCGCCGGUGCGUCGACGCGCCUCGGCGCUGCCCGCGAGACUGCAUCGUCCGGAGGCUUCGCCGAGCCGGCCAACUUUGACGUCCUUGAGCUGCCACCGCUUACUGCGGCUGCGCUCGGUCUGAGCCAGGACGAGUUUGACCGACUGAUGGCGACCAAGGCGAAGGCUGUUGAGCUAGAUGCCGACGAGUCGGAGUCGAGGUCAGUGGGGAGCGGCCGGGUCUUUGGCUCACGGCUCACGUCCAACUACUCGAUGGCGUCGGUCAAGCCGUGGCUCCAGCCGGCGGAUCCGACCAUGCCGACCCGUGACCCAAUCCAGCUACGCAGGACUGCGUCGUCGGCAUCGGCCGCAAGGCUGGCUGCCUUCGAGUCGACUGACAACGUGGCCCACAGCCAGCCUCGCACCCGCACCCGCCGCCGUCGAGCUGUGCAACCUCCGCCAAAGAGCAGGAGUGGCAGCAGUGGACACGGAAGCGUCGACGGCAGUGAGUGUGGGAGCAGAAGCAAGAGUAUGAGCAGGAGCGAGGCUGACGCUGAGGCCGAGCCCGAGGCUGGAGCUCACAGCGGAUCCGGAUCCGGCACCUAUGCUCUCGGCAACCUCUCUGCCGAGCUGGAAGAUCUUGGAGACCUGUCGAGCAUGUCGAGCAUGUCCAACAUGUCCGGCAGUGGCGGUGGGGGCGGAGACGACGUGGAUCUUGAGUUUGAUAGUGAUAGUGACGGCUCUGGCCGCGACGAGGAGUUGGAGCGUGACGUCGACGCCUUUCUCGCCUCGCAAACGCAGAACUCGCUGCUGGGCGCCGAUGGUGGUGACGAGACCGGGCUGGUGACCUCGUUUUGUUCGGAUGACUUUGACCUCGACUCUGCCGACUUUGAUCUGUCAGCUACAUCACCGUAAGACAAACUGUAUACGUG